GACUCGUACUUCACCACGAUGAAAUUCGCCGCUGUGCUUCUUCUGGUUGCCUAUGCAGCUGCAUACGUGCGUUACGAUGGAUACCAAGUUAUUCGAGUGAUUCCAAAGAAUGUGAAUGAACUUGAACUUCUUAUGCAAAUUCACAAUGACAACUUGGAUAAGCUAAGCUUUUGGAAGGAACCAAGAAUGGUCGGACGAUUUGUGGACAUCAUGACAACGCCUGACUUUGCCGAUGAUCUCAAGAGCUUGAUUCUUAUGAAUGGAAUGGAGUUCACCAUAAACGUUGAAAACAUACAGGAUCAGAUCGAUCAAGAACGAGAGGCAAUGAGUUCAAGACCUGGGAUCGACGUGGAAGGGUUCAAUUACGAAAUUUACCACACAUAUGACGAGAUUAAUCAAUGGGUGGACGAAUUCGUUGCCACUUACCCAACCAUAUCAUCUGUCUUCACUAUAGGUAGUUCUUACGAGGGCCGCCCACUGCGUGGAGUCAAGAUCGGGACAUCGACAGCAACUGUGUCAUCUUUGUUUCUAGAAGGUGGGAUCCACGCUCGCGAGUGGAUAUCGCCGGCUACCAUGCUGUACAUGACUCAACUGUUUGCCGAUGGUUAUGGUGUCGAUCAAAAAACUACUGAACUAGUGGACAAAUUGAACUGGUAUAUGUUGCCUGUGUUGAAUGCAGAUGGAUAUGCACAUACCCACGAUGUCAAUGGUGAUCGUAUGUGGCGUAAAACUCGAUCACCCAAUGAUGGUUCCACGUGCAUCGGCACAGAUGGGAACAGGAAUUUCGACUACAUGUGGGGAGGCGAGGGAUCAUCUGGCAUUCCAUGUGCGAGUACGUACAGGGGUAGUCAUCCACACUCGGAGAUUGAAAUAGACUCUGUUACCAAGUUUAUUCUGCAAGAUCCAAGCUUCAAAGCCUUCGUCGACUUCCACUCGUACGGACAGAUAUGGAUGUGUCCAUGGGGCUACACAUUUGACUCAACAGAGCACCUUGAGUAUCAGAAUACUUCGAACAAACGCUGCGUUGAGGCCUUGACGGCUGUACAUGGUACAGAAUAUGUAUACGGACAAUCUGCUACAAUGUAUCUCACGUCUGGAGGCAGCGAAGAUUGGGGUUACGGCUCAGCUGGUAUAGUUCUGACUCACGUAGUUGAACUGCGAGGGGAUAGUUUCAUUUUACCUGCAGAAGAAAUCAUUCCAAGUGGUGAAGAAACCUUCGCUGCAAUCAGAGCAUUGGGAGAUACUGUAUUAGAAAGCGAAACGUUGCCGGAAGCGAACAUACGCAUGACUUAAUAGUGAACAUCACACACAUUUUUGAAUUGAUUUCUUUUUCGUGAAUGGAUAAAUAAAUACAUCACGUGGGUUGUUUAAUAUGUGUUGAUUAUUAUUCUCACGUAAACUG